UCCACGUGGAGUUAAAAAAUGGAGGGAGGUUCAGUGAGAAGAAAUAUAGCCCUUAAAUUAAAGGAACCAGCUGCCAUACCGUCUGUUAAGGCACAACCAACCAAUGUAAUUAUUGAUAAUACUCCUGCUAAUGAGACAAAGAAGAAGCCUGUUUCAACAGUAUCAGCUAUACAUAAAGCCUGGGAGACACUCCAGUGGGAUCAACCACUCAAUCUUAUUGGACGCGGUAUUGUCGAUCCUUUGAUACACAUAUGUGAACAGUGUGACCUGCCGAUACUUAUAUAUGGAAGAAUGAAACACUGUCGUCACACAUUCUGUCGUGAUUGUGCAAAGAAAGCUGGUGGGGAAUGUCCCAAGUGUCACGAAUCCAAUCAACAGUUUGACGAGGCCUUGAUGGGCAAUGUCUAUAUAUGCACCUUUGGUGGGGGAAGGUAUGAUAAUAAAGGGUGUGGCCGCAGCUAUUUAUCACAGAGGGACCUCGAUGCUCAUAUUGCUUACAGACACAAGAAGGAUAAGAGUAUAGUACAAUUACCAGCUGCUCCUCCUCCCCCUCUUGCUCCUCUACCUAAUAUCACUGCUUUACAAGGAUUCUUCCCAACCGCUAAUAAUCCCAGACCUCCUCUAAAUUUCCCGCCAUCAUUAGCCCGAGGUCCACCAAAUGCUCCACUACAUCCUCUACCAUUGCCUGGUUUUCCUGCCCAGCAGCCACGAUUUGUUGCUCCACCCACAAGUGCAAAUUGGACUAGACCUCCUCCGACUGGUUUUCAAUAAAACUAAUUAAAUAAUUAUUAUUACUUUUUAAUGAAUAUUGUACAUCGAUGUCCUUGUGCUAUACAGUUCUCAAAAAUGACUCUAAAAACAA